AUGAUGGGAGCGGCACGUGUUAAACGGCGCUUCAGUGCUGUGGUGGAUGGGCCAGUGGACGAGGAGGAGGUCAUGAGGCUGGCACAGAGCGCUGCUGAUACGGCUAGGGCAGGGGGGAGUCCAGAGGGGUCAGGGACCCCAACCAGCCUCUCCCCGACCCAUGCCCUGAACGGCAAAACUCUACCUGUCCAGAGCAACACCAACAAUGCACAGAGGCAGAGUUCAAUUGGAGUUGGGGGAGACGCAGGAGAAGGCGAGGUGAGAGCAGGAGGAAUGUGCUCAGGGCUAAGGAGUGGAAUAGGCAGUAGUGUGGGAGGAAAAGGAAAAGGCCGUUCAUCCUCAGACCGGGAUUCACUCUCUUCCCCCUCCACUACCAACCGGCGGCGCCACAGGCGCUCAAGCCGCAGGCCCCGACAACGCUUUGUGGGCAAGGACGGACGCUGCAACGUCACCUUCGUCAACAUGAGCGAGAGGGGCCAGCGUUACCUUAGCGACCUCUUCACCACAUGUGUGGACAUCCGCUGGCGCUGGAUGCUGGUCAUCUUCACCCUCUCCUUCCUUCUCUCCUGGCUGCUCUUUGGAUUUGCCUUCUGGCUGAUUGCCUCUGUGCAUGGGGACCUCUCCAUUCGGCUUGCCCCCAGCUCAGGUUCCUCUCCAGGAUCAGGAGAGGCUGGGUCAGGGGGAGAGUCUGAUAGAGAGGCACUGGUUGAGGAGCCGUGCUUCCUGCAAGUGAACAGCUUCAUGGCUGCCUUUCUAUUCUCCUUGGAGACACAGACAUCCAUCGGUUAUGGCUUCAGAAGCGUGACCGAAGAAUGUCCCCUGGCGGUGAUGGCGGUCGUUUUGCAGUGCAUUGUGGGCUGCAUUAUUGAUGCCUUCAUCAUCGGGGCGGUCAUGGCAAAGAUUGCCAAGCCCAAGAAGCGCAACGAGACACUGGUGUUCUCUGAAACAGCUGUGGUGGCGCUGAGGGACGGGAAACUCUGCAUGAUGUGGAGGGUCGGCAACCUACGCAAGAGCCACCUGGUAGAGGCACAUGUUCGAGCACAACUACUGAAGCCCAGGGUGACAGAAGAGGGAGAGUUCCUCCCAUUGGACAAUAUGGACAUCAACGUGGGUUUUGACACUGGCAUGGACCGCAUCUUCUUGGUCUCGCCAGUCACAAUUGUCCACGAGAUCAACGACGAGUCACCCUUCUUUGAGAUUGACCGAAAGACCCUGGAGAAUGACUCUGAAUUGGAGGUGGUGGUCAUACUCGAGGGCAUGGUGGAGGCCACAGCCAUGACCACACAGUGCCGCAGCUCCUAUCUGGCUUCUGAAAUCCGCUGGGGACACAGAUUCGAACCAGUGCUCUUUGAGAGGAAGGACUGCUACCAGGUGGACUACUCGUUCUUCCAUCGGACAUAUGAAAUUCCUAACACACCUUCAUGCAGUGCUAAAGAGCUGGCCGAGCAGAAGUACAUUCAAAGCUCACGCUCGUCAUUCUGCUAUGAGAACGAAGUCGCUCUGCAGCUCGUCUCCCCUGAUGAUGAGCCGGGCAAAGACCCAGAGUGUCCCUCCCCAAUGACCCAAAGGCAAACCAUGGCAGAACAGCUCCACUACAACUGA